ACAGUGAAUAAUAUACACAGAAAAUUCCCUACUUUGCCAUGGUUUUUUGAAUAUUAAUACAAGUGGUUAAUGAGCUUCACUAAAAAGGACGGAUUUUCAGAGAAUCCGAGUUCGAUUUUUGGGUAGAAUAAUUUUUUGGCCAGACUUUACUUACUUGCAGCCGAACUCUGGAUUAUUAGGGUCCCUAUCCCUCCGGAACCAGAGGGUUAUAAACAAAAAAACUCAUAAUCAAUCUUUUCUAUACAACAUUUAAAUUUAACUACAAUUUUUAUUGUAUAAAAUUGUCAAAAGUGAUGUAUAAUUUGGUUAGAUAUAUAAGGUUAACGAGAUACUUCAUCAAAUCCUAUAUAUAAGAAAAUAUUUACUUUUUACAUUAAACUAUGUAUCAAAAAUAUACAACCUGAGAGGAGUAGUUUGUUAGUCAAGAUAAAAAACAAAAUUACUGAGAUAGUUAGAAAAUGGGAUAACAUCCAUCGCGGGUCAAUGAAUCAUGUGUUAGUAGCUGACAUAAUUGACAUUGAAGUAUAAAUAAAGAAAUAAGUAACUAUAAGGAAUGGAUCCAUCCCAUCCGAUUAAGAGCUGAGAAGUGGGAGUUGUUGGUUUUUGUUUGGUAGUUCAUUCAUAUGACGAUUGCUUCCUUCUUCAUCAGAGCCUCUAAGGCUAUAAACAACCACCCUUUCUGCUCCGGCCUUCUUCUUCUCUGCACUGUCAGCGGCGGAGGUGUGGUGGCACUCUCAGAAUCACAAUCAGAAGCUCAACGUUCUAAUAUUGAAGAUCAUCAGCCCCGAAAAAAGAAAGUUGUGGUCCUUGGAACUGGAUGGGCUGCUACCAGUUUCCUCAAGGGUUUGGAUGCUUCAUUAUAUGAUGUUCAAGUUGUUUCGCCUCGUAACUACUUUGCAUUUACUCCCUUAUUACCGAGUGUCACUUGUGGAACAGUUGAAGCACGAAGCGUUGUAGAACCGAUCCGAAACAUCAUUCAAAAGAGUAAAGGAGAAAUAAAAUUUUGGGAGGCAGAAUGUGUCAAGAUUAAUGCUGCAGACAAAAAGGUUUUUUGUCGGUCUAAUAUUGAAAACUUAGUGGGAAGUGGUGAUUUUUCUCUGGACUAUGACUUCUUGGUUGUAUCAGUAGGAGCACAAGUAAAUACUUUUAAUACCCCUGGUGUCAAGGAGAACUGUCAUUUUCUGAAGAAUGUCGAGGAUGCUCAAAAGAUCAGACUAUCUGUGAUAGAUUGUCUUGAGAAGGCUGUUCUUCCUAGUCAAUCUGAAGAGGAGCAAAGGUCAAAUCUUCAUUUUGUAAUCGUUGGAGGAGGACCAACUGGUGUCGAAUUUGCUGCAGAGCUGCAUGAUUAUAUCCAAGAAGAUUUGAUCAACUUAUAUCCAACCGUUAAAGAUAAAGUGAAGAUAACAUUAAUUCAAUCUGGAGAUCACAUCUUGAAUAUGUUCGAUGAAAGAAUAAGUUCGUUUGCUGAGCAGAAGUUUAGGAGAGAUGGUAUAGAAGUUCAAACGGGAUGCCGGGUUUUGAGUGUUAAUGACAAGGAGAUUACAAUGAAGGCGAAAUCAACAGGAGCGGUUUCCUCUGUGCCACAUGGAUUGAUUAUCUGGUCCACCGGAAUUUCUACUCUUCCAGUUAUACGGGACUUUAUGGAAGAAAUUGGUCAGGUUAAAAGGCAUGUACUUGCAACUGAUGAAUGGUUGAGAGUACAUGGAUGUAAAGAUGUGUUUGCAAUUGGUGAUUGUUCAUCAAUAAAUCAACGUAAAAUCAUGGAUGAUAUCUUGGACAUAUUUAAGGCUGCAGACAAAAAUAACUCUGGUACCUUAACUGUAGAAGAGUUCGCAGAAGUGAUGGAUGACAUAAUCUUAAGAUAUCCUCAAGUUGAAUACUAUCUACAGAAGAACCAUAUACUUGAUUUGAGGGUUCUGUGGAAUGACCCAGAAGGGAAUGAAAGAAAAGAAAUAGACAUAGAAGGGUUUAAACGGGCCCUUUCUUUCGCAGAUUCACAGGUGAAGACUCUUCCAGCAACUGCACAGGUUGCGGCUCAACAAGGUGCAUAUCUAGCUAGUUGCUUUAACCAUAUUGAUCUUUGUUUAGACCAUCCAGAAGGACCUCGACGAUUUUCAGGAUCCGGACAUCAUAUGUUUCGUCCCUUCCGGUAUAAACAUUUUGGGCAAUUUGCUCCACUGGGCGGGGAGCAAGCAGCAGCAGAACUUCCUGGAGAUUGGGUUUCCAUUGGUCACAGCACUCAAUGGCUUUGGUAUUCUGUAUAUGCAAGCAAACAAGUGAGCUGGCGCACACGAUAUUUGGUCGUGUCUGAUUGGACUAGAAAAUUCAUAUUUGGAAGGGAUUCAAGUCGAGUUUGAUUUACCAACAAACAAUAAAGUGUGAAUUAUUGUGUCCUGUUGUUUCUCCAUUAAUUCUUGUAUCUAAUACCUAAUGUAUAGUGAUCUACACCCUUGAUUGAAACAGUUUGAGAAAAAAUUGCAGUUCAAAAAGUAAAAAGAGUUUGAGAAAGAUUUACGAGCAUUGUUAUUUGGACAUGAUAUUAUGUGUAUAUGGAGAGUGUCCUAUUUACGGGGUCACUACACAUCUAUUUUUUGCUA